AUGGGUGCAUCAACAUCUAGGAUAGAUGAAGAUAAAGCCUUACAGUUAUGUCGGGAAAGAAAAAAAUUCGUCCAACAAGCACUCGAUGGAAGAUGUUUGUUAGCCGCUGCUCAUGUUUCAUAUGUCCAGUCUCUUAAGAGUACAGGAACUGCUCUUAGGAGAUUUGCUGAGACUGAAGUUCCAGUUGAGUCUUCCUUGUACACAUCCACUAGUGCCACACCAGAACAAGCUCUUGCUUUAACAGAGAAAUCAGUUUCUCAUUUGUCUUACUCUCCUCCACCUGCUUCACAUUCUCACCACGACACGUAUUCUCCUCCUCCUUCACCUCCUAGUUCCACUUCUUUCCAUGUUAAUCAUAUGAAGUUCAAAGGCUUUUCUUCAAAAAAAGUUGAAGAGAAACCUCCGGUUUCAAUUGUCUCCACUGUUGUCGCCUCGUAUAGUAUCCCACAAAGCAGGUCUAUGGAAAAGAUGGAAUCAACUCCAUUUGAAGAAUCUUCUUCCUUGCCAUCUGAAACACCUCCUUGGGAUUAUUUUGGUCCUUCCCAUCCAAUUGACAAACAGUUUUCUUCUUCUCAUGUUGGGAAUGGGAAUGGUCAUGUGUCGAGGUCUGUUAAGGAAGAAGAUGAAACUACAGAGGUGGAGGAUGAAGGUGAAGACUUUUCUUUUCAAGAAAGGGAAGAGUCCAGAGAUUCAGACGGUGAGGAUGAGUUUGAUGAGCCUACGAGUGAUACACUUGUUAGAAGCUUUGAAAACUUCAAUAGAGUGCGUCGGGAUCACAGUGCGGAGGGGGUGGAAAACGAGUCCUCAGACGCCGAGAAAAGUAAAACUCCUGAGUUGUCACCACCAGUGACGCCAUUAGCACCUGCUACUCCAGUGAACAAAACACCAAACAAGGGAGAUCGAGAUCACGCCGAGAACAAGCUUUCUACUAGGGACUUCUUGUCAAGCAUGAAAGAGAUAGAGUUGCUCUUUUUUAAAGCUUCAGAGACUGGAAAAGAAGUUCCAAGGAUGCUUGAAGCUAAUAAAUUGCAUUUCCGUCCAAUAGUUCCAUCAAAAGAAAGUGGCUCAGGUGCAUCAUCAUUGUUCAAAAGCUGUCUCUCUUGUGGGGAAGACCCCAAGGAUGUACCAGAAGAAGAGCCUGCUCAGAACUCUCAGAAAUUCUUGACCUGGCAUAGGACUGAAUCUUCUCGGUCCUCGUCUUCUCGGAAUCCUCUCGGAGGAAUGAAUGUUGAUGAUGUGGAAGAGCUCAAUAGCAAUUUCUUUGAAAACAUUUGCAUGAUUGCUGGAAGCCAUGCCUCAACUCUAGACAGGCUGUAUGCUUGGGAGAGGAAACUCUAUGAUGAAGUUAAGGGGAGUCAAAGUGUGAGAAGAGAGUAUGAUGAAAAGUGCAGAGUCCUGAGAGAGCUUGAAUCAGAAGGUAAAGGUUCACAAAGAACAGAUAAGACACGUGCCGUUGUCAAGGACCUUCACUCAAGAAUAAGAGUGGCGAUUCAUAGGAUCGACUCAAUAUCAAGACGGAUUGAAGAACUCCGUGACAAAGAGCUACAGCCUCAGCUUGAGGAACUCAUUGAAGGAUUGAGUCGAAUGUGGGAAGUGAUGUUGGAAUGCCACAAGGUUCAGUUUCGGUUAAUCGCCGCGUGUCACAGAAGCGGAAAUAUUAAACUCAACAUGCAAUCUGAGUUACACAGACAAGUAACAUCUCACCUUGAAGAUGAACUUAGCGCGUUGGCCUCAAGCUUCACAAAGUGGAUCACAGGCCAGAAAUCAUACAUCAAAGCGAUAAACGAAUGGCUGGAGAAAUGUGUCGCCGUACCAAAACGACCUUCCAAGCGAAAAAGGCGUGCGCCACCAUUGUCUCUGAGAGACUUUGGUCCCCCUCCGAUUUAUGCAACCUGUGGAAUCUGGCUUGAAAAGCUUGAAGCUUUGCCAACCAAAGAGGUUUCUAGCUCCAUUAAAGCGCUUGCUUCUGAUGUUUCCAGGUUCUUGCCGCGGCAGGAGAAGAAUCGCAACAGGAAACAUCGAUCUGGUGAGAACAAAAACGAUCUGACAAGUCACAGUUUGCAAGAUGAGACAUUGGAAGAUUGUGGUCCUGGUUUUGAUCGGUUUAGGACAAGCUUGGAAGGAUUUGUUGGUCAACUUAACCAGUUUUCAGAAUCAUCAGUGAAGAUGUAUGAGAAACUUAAGCAGGGAAUCCAAGAAGCCAAGAACAAGUAUGAGCAGAUGAAGCCAAGAACUUAA